AUGUCCUCAAUAAAUUCCUUAUCGGAUCUCGAUUCUAAUUUGAAAUUUCUGAGAAAUUCAUUAAAUGAUGUAUGUGAUCAUAACGCAAAGAUGCUUGAAGCGAGAGUGUCGCAAGUGCAGCGAAAUCCAAGGCAACUUUUCAAGUUAGGAGCUUCAAGAGAAGAAAUAGAUCGUUUAAAUUCUUUUGAACAACAUUUCAAUGACCAACUCGCAAAAGAAACUCUCGAAAGAGAGUUCCAAUCAAAAGAAGGUCAUCAUGGAAACGAAGAAAAAUCCAAAAAUGAUAUUCUAUCUAAGGAGAAAGUUAAAAAACAAAAUGAUCACAUUGCUUUUUUGGAAAAGGUUUUGGAAUUAAAUAGAAAUAAUACAUCUUGA